GGAACUAAGCAGAGUGACUUUGUAAUGUCAGGGGACUUGUUGAAGUUUUGUUAUUAGCACUUCAGUCAUUUUAAGCAGCAAUUUAACAAUCACAUUAAACAUGCCACUUUUUGAAGGUCUGGGGAGUGGUGGGGAAAAAACAGCGGUUGUCAUUGAUAUUGGUGCAGCAUAUACAAAGUGUGGCUUUGCAGGUGAGACAGGUCCCAGGUGUAUCAUCCCCAGUGAGGUCCAGACGCCGGAUCUCCAACAGCCCAUAAAAGUGUUCCAGCACAACAUCAACUCAGAGGAGCUCUACUCCAUCCUCAAGGACUUCAUUCAUAUGCUGUACUUCAGGCACUUGCUGGUGAAUCCACGGGAUCGGCGUGUGGUGAUCAUUGAGUCGGUUCUGUGCCCUUCGCUCUUCAGAGAUACCCUCGCCAAAGUCUUCUUCAUGCACUUCGAGGUACCAUCUGUGCUCUUUGCCCCCAGCCAUCUCAUGUCAGUCCUGACUCUGGGCAUCAACUCUGCCCUUGUGGUGGAUUGUGGGUAUACAGAGACCCUGGUGCUGCCUGUGUAUGAAGGCAUCCCCAUUCUGUCAGCCUGGGAGGCCCUGCCACUGGGAGGAAGGGCCAUUCAUAAGGAGUUGGAAGGGCUGCUUAUGGAACAGUGCACAGUGGACACAGAUUGUAACUCUGGACAGAGCCUACCAGCUGUCAUUGGUUCCAUUCCUGAGGAAGUUGUAGAAGAUAUCAAAGUUCUCUUUUUAGUCAGGACCUGUUUUGUCAGUGACCUCCAGAGGGGACUAAAGCUCCAGAAGGCUAAGUUCAACCUGCACAGCACAGCAGAGCGUCCAGCUCCACCCCCAGAUGUGGAUUACCCAGUGGAUGGAGAAAAGAUUGUACACAUCAAGGGAUCAAUCAGGGACUCUGUUAUGGAGAUACUGUUUGAACAGGAUAAUGAAGAGAAGUCUGUGGCUACGUUAGUACUGGAUGCUUUGCUCAAGUGCCCGAUUGACACCCGCAAGGCCCUCUCGGAGAACCUGGUGGUUGUCGGGGGGACGGCCAUGCUCCCUGGGUUCCUGCACAGGCUGCUGGCGGAGAUCAGGUUCCUGGCGGAGAAGCCACGCUACCAGCAGGUCCUGGCUUCCAGAACCUUCCGCCUGCACAACCCACCUGCCAAGCCCAACUGCACAGCCUGGCUGGGGGGUGCCAUAUUUGGGGGCCUGCAGGACAUCCUCGGCAGCCGGUCUGUGUCCAGAGACCUCUACAAGAAGACCGGCCGUAUUCCAGACUGGUGUCGCCUGGGUUCCUCUCACGCAGGGGCUGAGUACGGCACCAGGAAGACCCCACCUCCACUCAUGAAGAGAGCCUUCUCCUCAGAGAAGUGAAGUGCGCCCUCAUCCACUCCUACCAAAGUAUUGACUGUGCCUCCCAGGCUAACGGCUAUGGGUUGCUCUCAACUCUACACUCUUUACCUCACUUUUAAACUCAUACUGACCUGUAGUCAGUAUUAGUUUAGAGCCAGUUGUAAUUCUGAAAUUCUAAAUGCUGCAGUUAACGGAAUUGACGGAAUGUUUUUGAGCAGUUAGGGGAGUUUGCAUCUUACAGUGCUGUGCAAAAACCCUUAGGGGAAAGUAUUAGGGGAGUCUGUUAGCUCACUGAAACUACCCAGAUACUGCAACCUUUUUAAAUGAUUUUGAGCCAUGUUUUUAAAAAAUGAUUUCAUGAGAUGGAUGAAAUUCAUAUGAAAAAGAAAAAAAUAAAUGACUGAAUGGC